UGAGAUUCGGAAGAGGAAUGAAGAUGCUGCCAUUCGUGAGUUUGUCCGUCCUGGUUCUGGCGGUGAGCUGUGGAGCACUGCCACGCAGACCGGACCCAGACCGAUUCAUGUACAACGAAGGCAUGCUCGGGGGCGACAUUGCUGGAGGGUACAUAAGGACCACCGUCGACGGGAAGACGGCUAUCUUGCCGGAUGACGACUACGGACUCUGGACAGAUGCCAUCAUCUACUACGAGGUCCACUCCAGUGCCGAAUAUCCUUGUGUUGAGACCGGAAUAAUACUCCACAGAUGUUGGUCGUACGUGGGGAUGUACAAAUUCGGACCGCAGGACCUGUCCAUUCAGAUCCCAGGCUGCGACUAUAAGGGGAUCAUCCUCCACGAAACCAUGCAUGCUGCGGGCUUCUUCCACGAACACACCCGCUUCGACCGCGAUGAUUACGUUAUCAUCCACUGGGACAACAUCAUGCCCGGCACAGAGUCAAAUUUCGAUAUCGUGACUCUGACAGAAUCCCAGGAAUUCGGCGUUCCUUACGACUUCGAAUCCAUCAUGCACUACCAUUUGGACGCCUUCAGCAGUAACGGAGAGGAUACGAUCGAGCCUUAUGGGGUAUGGGCUGGGACCGACCCUGGCAACGCCGCAGAUCAGGAUUUCUUCGCCCAAUCUGACAUCGAUGAACUCAAUGCUCUCUACUGCUCUAAGAAAUAA